AUGAGAAUGAAAACUAUUAUCGAAUAUUUGAUCUAUGACAAAUCUCUUAAAGUUAAAUGCAUAACUAAAACAGAAGGUGACUCUCAUACUGCAAAUAUUUAUACAUUAUUAACAGCUGACGUUGAGUUGAUAUUAAAAAUAAUUUCAGUAAUUAAAGAUAUUUGGUAAGCAAUCCUAAUAUUAAGUGGAUGCUUAUUUUUAUUAUAUUCUGCUGAACCAGAUGCUGGUACAGUAAUUGUGAUUGCAAUGAUUAGUUAUUAAGUAAUAAAUUUUAUCAUGACAUUUAUUAUGGCGAAAGCAGAGGCACAACAUUUAAUAUAUAAAGACAAAAGAGUUAGUUUAUAAUCUGAUUUGAUUGAAGGAAUGAAACAGAUAAAAUUCUUAUCUUGGGAAGGAAUAUUUUAUAAGAAAAUAAUGAAAAUUAGAAAAUGUGAAUUUAAGAUGUUAAGUAUUUAUAAAGCUUUAGAUGGUUUUGGUGCUGUGUUUUGGAAUAAUAUAAGCUACAUUCUCUUGUGCAUUUUUGUAAUAUAUUCAGUCAAUAAUGGCAAAGAUCUAUAGGAGUUGAAUAUCUUCUCAUUGAUAGCCAUAUUUAAUACAAUGAUAUUUCCUCUCUGUGUUCUCCCGUGGAGUUUAAGCAUUGGAUAUACGUCAUUAAUCUCAUUCAAUAGAUUUUCGUAAUUUUUAAAUCAAGAUGAAAUUAAUUUUGAAGACAGAAUUCAACCUGAAUCCUUUCAAAGCCAGUAUGCUAUUAUAAUGAAUAAUUCCAAUUAUUUUUGGCCUAAUGCAGAAUAAAUAUAGGAAGAUGUGAAAUAAAAUUAAAUAAUAGAUGAAGAAUUAAUAAUUGCAAACCAAAAUUGUUAGAAAUUUAAAAUAAAAAUAGCUAAUCUAAAAUUUGAAAAGAAAACUUUGAAUUUUAUUAUAGGAAAAAUAGGUUCAGGAAAAAGUGCAUUCUUUUAAGCAAUAUUAAAUGAGUUACAAAUUUAGAAUUUAUUUAAUGACCUCUCGGAUACACAGUAAAAUUUGGACUUAAGUUUUGAUUUAGGCGUGAAUGAAACUGUUAAGCAAAUUCAAAUGACAGGUAGAAUUGGGUAUUGUUCAUAAGUGUCUUGGAUCUAAAAUUUAUCAAUCAAAGAUAAUAUCUUAUUUGGUGAACCCUUUAACUAAGAAUUAUAUGAUAAAGUUAUAGAUGUUUGCUAACUACAUUAAGAUCUGAAAUCUUUUGAAAAUCAAGAUUAACAUUUGAUUGGUCCAGAUGGAAAGAACAUAAGUGGAGGAUAGAAACAAAGAAUAGCUUUAGCCAGAGCAUUAUAUUAAUAAAGAGACAUUUAUCUGUUUGAUGACAUAUUAUCAUCUCUUGAUCACAAUAUUGCAGAUUUAAUAUUUUAAAACGUUAUUGUAGAUUACCUUAUAAAGAACGGAAAGACUGUAUUACUUAUUACUUCAAAUUACAGUUAUAUUAAGAUUGCCUAAUAAUAAAUAAAAACAAAAGUUAUUCUUGUUGAUAAUGGAGAAAUUACUGAAGAUUAAGAAGUAAUUGGCUAGUAUUUAUAAAAUAAAUCCUAUUAAUAAGAAACUCCUUCAUAUAUUGAAAAAGAAUUAGAUUCAGUAUUAAAAUAAGAAAAUAACACAUUAAAUUCUGAUAAGGGAGAAUAAAACGAACAGGUUGUUAUUGAUGAUAGUAAUGAAGAUACAAGACAAAUAGGAAGUAUUAAUUGGUAAAUCUGGAAAACAUAUUUUAACAGUAUGAAAUUCCCAUUAUUUCUGUUAUUAUUUUUUGUUAAUUUUUACAUGUAAGGAUCUAUGUCAUUAAUCGAUUUUUGGCUAAAAUCUGAAGUAUAAUAAGAAGAUAAAUGGUUACAUUAAAUAACAAAAUAUUUUGACAAUUCCUUUCCUAAAACCCUAUUUUAUUUAACGACAUUGGCUGUUUUAAUUACAGUGAUAAGAUAAGCUCUAGAAGUUAUUUGUGCAUUACUAGCUUCUUGGUCUAUUUUUAAAAAACUUAAUACUGUUUUAAUGUGUACAGUAAUGAAAUUCUAUGAUAGAACAAAUGCCGGCUAAAUAAUUAAUAGGAUUUAGGAUGAUACUUAUGUAGUUGACAUGGAUAUUGGUUCUGGAAUUCACUGUUUUCUUGAAAAUCUCAGUAGAAUAUCAGGUCUAUCCAUUGGAUUAUUGAUUUUGGAACCAAGAUAUUUUUUAAUGCUUGUUAUUUUCUUAGUUGCAUUUUACCAUAUUAAGAAAGCAUGUCUAAUAUCAAAUAGAGAAAUCAAAAGAUUGUAGUCUGCAAAUUAAAGUAGAUUAUUGUAAAUUGUUAAUGAAACAUUGACUGGAGUUAAAAUAAUUAGAGCAUUCUAGAAAGAGAAAUAUUUCACAUAAAUCUUUGAAAGUUCAUUUUCUAAUUUAAUGUUAAGUAACUAAUGUGGAGAACGUAUAAAAUUGUGGUUUUAAGUCAGAUUAAAUUUAAUGAACAAUUUUAUUGUAAUGUGCACUUCCUUCAUGGUAAUCUGUUCAUUGGUAUUUGAAUGGUCAGAAGAUUUUGGAAUACAAGCUCUAGCAAUUACAUAUUCUAUGAUUGUAUUAGAUAGUUUUUAUGAUUGUUUUAUUUAAUAUUCAAGAGUAGAAACAGGUAUGAUUUCUGUAGAAAGAAUUUAAGAAUAUUUAAAUAAUGAGACUGAAGAUAUCAACUAAGAGUAAUUUAUGGAAUAAGAACUAUAAUCAACUCACUUAAGAGAAACUACAUAUGCCAUAGAAUUUAAAAAUGUAGACUUUUAUUAUGAUAAUAAUCACAAAGCUCUAAAAAACUUUACUUUGACCAUUUCUAAAGGAUAGAAAAUUGCAAUAAUUGGAAGGACUGGAUCAGGUAAAACUUCCAUUCUAAAUGUGCUUCAAGGAUUGUAUCCUUUCUAAUCAGGAGAUCUUUAUAUUAAUGGAACUAACGUGAAAUAAUAAUCUUUAAAAUAAUGGAGAAGCCAAUUGUCUAUUAUUCCCUAAUUUGGAUUUCUAUUUAGUGCAAAUGUAAAAGAAAAUUUAGAUCCUGAAGGAAUGUUCACAGAUCAACAAAUUGAAAAAUUCAUAUAAAAUACCUAAUUUUAUUAACAAAGAAAUUCUAACAUUAACAAUCUUAUGUAUUUGGAUUACAAAUUUGAUAUUUCUUAAAAUGGAGCUAAUUUAUCUUGUGGGGAAAAAUAAGUUCUUAAUUUUUUGAGAAUAGUCUUACAGAAUAAAGAUAUUAUUUGCCUAGAUGAAGCCACAUCUAACAUGGAUCCAUACACAAAUCAAUUGUUAAAUGAGAGUCUAAUUGAAUUUUCAAAAGAUAAGACUUUGCUUGUUAUAACUCACAGACUUGAAAAUAUACAAUAAUAUGAUUAAAUAGUAGUAAUGGAAUAAGGAGAAAUAGUGGAAUAGGGAAGUUAUUAAGAUUUAAUGUUAUCAACAAUAGGAUACUUCAGAAAAUUAAUAAAUAACCAUACUAAAACAGUAAACCAAAUUUGA